CACAAACCGCAUGACUUGACGAACGGUGAACGCAAACACCUUUUUUAUUUUUUUAAAUAAAGACAAAGAAGAAAGAUAAAUCUCAAUUGCUUGAAAAUGGUCUUUUCGCGCAGACAUUCGGGGCUUCCCAGACCGGUUGCGGCCCCUGCACCGUCUACGCAAGGCCAUCCGCUGGUCAAUUUGCCAUCACCUUCGCUGUCAUCAUCAUCCAGGAAAAAGAAGAAGCCAUGGCAACGCCGGAUAUCGGUUCCUUUCGCCUCCAAAUCGAGCACGGCAGAGAGCAGCCAAGAGCCACUCAGCACGCUUGGGCUCUCACGGACGGGUGCCUCAGCGACAAAAUCGAGACGAGAAUUGACGACGACAACCUCGAGGACCUCGGCGCGGAGUCAUCGGAAGAAGCGGUGGUGGAAGAUUCGCCUUUUUCGGGGCAUGUGGAACGAUGUGAGGAGACGCAUACCGUACUUUCUGAGUGAUUGGACAGAUGCAUGGGACUAUAGAGUGGUCCCGGCAACAGUGUACAUGUAUUUUGCAAAUAUUCUUCCAGCGCUUGCUUUCUCGCUGGACAUGUUUUCGAAGACCAACAUGUCGUAUGGCGUCAACGAGGUUCUGUUGGCAUCGGUAUUGGGAUCAGUGGUCUUUUCAGUCUUUGCAGCUCAGCCUCUGACUAUUGUUGGCGUGACUGGUCCAAUUACGGUUUUUAAUUAUACGGUGUACGACAUUAUGACGCCGCGAGGGACGAAUUAUUUUGCUUUCAUGUGCUGGAUUGGACUCUGGUCUCUUGUUAUGCACUGGAUCCUCGCCAUCACAAACUCUUGCAAUGGUCUACGAUAUGUCACCCGCUUCUCCUGCGACACAUUUGGCUUCUACGUCGCGUGCAUCUACUUGCAAAAGGGCAUACAGGUGCUCACCCGUCAGUGGGCACCGGGAGAUACGUCUGCGUAUCUCUCAAUAAUGGUAGCCCUUCUCGUACUCAUUGUAGCCUACAUCUGCGGAAUCAUUGGCGCGAGCCCACUGUUUCAAAUGUAUAUCCGCAAGUUCAUUGAAGACUACGGCACGCCCUUGACCAUUGUCUUCUUCACCGGGUUUGUGCACAUUGGCAAGAUGCGCAGCGUCCAUCUCGAGACUUUGCCUACCAGCAAAGCUUUCUUCCCAACUACGGACCGGGGCUGGUUCAUUCAUUUCUGGGACAUUGACGUGGGGGACGUCUUUAUCGCCAUUCCCUUUGCCAUUCUCCUGACCAUUCUUUUCUACUUUGACCAUAACGUAUCCUCCCUUAUGGCCCAAGGCACGGAAUUCCCACUCAAAAAGCCUGCCGGGUUCCACUGGGACCUCUUCCUGCUCGGCCUGACCACCGGCGUGGCCGGACUUCUCGGCGUCCCUUUCCCCAACGGUCUCAUCCCGCAAGCACCCUUCCACACCAACGCCCUCUGCGCCACCCGUCUGGUCAGCGACGACAUUGACGAGUCGCACAAGGGCAAAACGUACCGCGUCGUCGACCACGUCGUCGAGCAACGCGUCAGUAAUCUCGCCCAGGGCCUGCUCACCCUCGGCACCAUGACCGGGCCCUUGCUUAUCGUCGUGCACCUCAUCCCCCAGGGCGUCCUCGCGGGGCUCUUCUUCGUCAUGGGCGUCCAAGCCCUCGAGGCCAAUGGCAUCACCAAGAAACUCGUCUUUAUCUGCCGCGACGCCGCACAUACUCCUGCCAGCGACCCAUUCAAGCGGCUUUCUACCUAUCGUCUGCCAUGGAGGAGACGUGCCGCGAAUCCUCACUCCGACCCUGGUUCUUCUUCUCAUCCUCCCACCGGCCUUGCCAGCCACCGCCAUCAUCGAAAGCACUCAUCGUCUUCGCCAGCAUCAUCCUACCUUUCCCAAUUCACAUCCCGCUUCACAGCCGUCCACGUAUUCACGGUAGUCCAACUGCUCGGAUUCGGCGCCACGUUUGCCAUUUCGCAAACCAUUGCCGCUAUCGGAUUCCCCAUUAUCGUCCUCUUACUUAUCCCCCUGCGGAGUUUCGUCCUGCCGUAUCCGCAGUGCAAGUAUGGACUUUUUACGAACGACGAAUUGGCCGUGCUGGACGCGCCCACUGCGAGUCCGUUUACCAUGGAGUCUGUGGGUGGGAAUUACGGCGAGGACGACGACGAUGACGACGGUAUGGGAGAGGAGGAGGAGGAAACGACCCCCGAGAGUCAGGAUUUGUAUGAGCCGGCCCGCGAGUCGAGUAAUACUGGUACAGGAGGCACAGGCACAGGCACAGGCACGCCCUUGGAAGAAUCAGAUGGACUGGAACGUGGCGAAAUGCGACAUCCCCUUCCCUUUCCUCCGUCUUCCUAUCCUCGGGAGGCGGAGGCGGAGGCGGAGGCGGCGGCGGCAGGGACCGCACGCACCGCGAGGUCGGCAGCACCAAAGGAAGCAAAAGAAACACGCCGACAUCCUUUUGCCGCAGCGCAUGUACUUGACGACUCAGGCGCCGGUACAGAUACGGGUACAGGCACAAGCAGUAACAAUGACUACAACAACAAUGGCGGAAGAAAUGGUGGUGGCUGGGGUGGUGAUAAUGGAGAAGAAGGUAUCGAAUUGACUGAUCAGCCUCCCCCUGCUGCUGCGGCCGCUCAUCCUGCAGGUCCUGCUACAGCAGCGACAACGUCGGUCCGACGACGAAGUAGCACGCGCAGUCGCCGAAACGAUACUGGAGAUACUCAUACACCUAACGAACAAGGAUGAGAGACCCUAUGAGAUUGACGAACAUUAUUAUAAACAAUGUAUACAUACACCAAACGGGAUCGAACAUAAUAUAUAUAUAUAUAAGGUUUAUAUAUAUACGUAGGUUAAUGACACGAGAUAAAAG